UUUAGAUCAUGUACCUAAACGUGAACUAUCUAAACUUUGAACUGGACGAUGCAAUUAAAAUUUCUUAAUGAUAAAUCUAGAAAAGGAUCUGACGAAAUUCACUAUAUGAACCAAAUACUAGAUGCUCUAGCUUCAAAUUGCCAGGACAUCAGUGCCUGAUCAAGCAAAAUUAUUCCCCAUUUACCAUAACUUUCGACCAACAAGGAUCUGAGGGACCCACGGAUUCGCAACUCUGACGAUCCUUUUCGUAUACUCCUCCACCUUAUUACCGUGGGGAAUGUGAAACUCAUUGCAACAUAUAUCCUGUCGGUGAACCAACGGGGCUGCUGCCGAACGAAAAGACGCAAUUCUCCGACAAGAUCGAUUCAAGUAGCGCCGAUUAAUUAUAUGUUUAAUCAGACGACCCCAUGGCUUCGGGAGCAGGUGCCCAAGAAGUCGACGAUUUCGGCCUACCUAUUAGGAAAUAUGUCAGCCCCAGCGAGACGAAAAAAGAUGACGAUAAUAACAAACCGAGCGAAGAGACAAAAGACAGUACCAACACAACUUCGAAAAAGGUAGAACAGCCAACAGAAAAACCACCUAUUUCAUCCCAACCAGAAAAAGAAAAGGCGGAAGAGAAACAGACACAAGAUGUUGGCUUAAAACCUCCCGAACAAGCUACGAAGUCGACCCGAACCUCCGCCACGAAUAGCGAUGACGAAGACUUUCAAGAUGCGCCCUCUACGCCUUUACCAGAGCCCGCACCCCAGCCCGAACCAAAGCAGCCGCAAGAUAUCGACGAAGCAAAAACACCCGUACCUACACAAACUGAGUUCAAGAAAGAAAAAGAGCCAGACCCUCCAACCGAUAAGCCUAAAGACGAGCUAAAGGAAAACUCGGAAUCAUACGAGACCGUCGACCUACCACAACCCUCCAAGCGCAGGAAUACAGUAGGAAAAGAUGCAGUCUCGGGGCCGACGAUCAAGCAGAUUGAAGCUAGCAAGCACGCAGACGAGGCGAAAAAAGUCCCAUGUGUAGACCAUAGCCGAGACGUAAGCUCAGCAAGCACGAAUCACGAUAUCUCGGAGUUCUCCCACCAACAAUUAACGAACCACCAUGAGGAAGAGAAGAAGGAAGAUGACGAAUGGCAGGCCAUGCCGGCUUAUGCGCCCUACGAUAUAUAUGAUGACGAUAAUAAGCUCGUAGCUAAAGAGCAUAACCCCGAUGAAGACGAUAAUUAUGGAUAUGGAGGUCUUGGUGGUGCUGGGAAAGGAUAUACGAGGGUACUGGACGACGAGGACGCUGAGUCGGAAACGAGUAUGGAUGAUAACACACGGUAUCUUUUCAAAGACCCUAAAAGUACGAGUAUGACAGAAAUGGAUGAAGAGCAGCGGGACGCUGUUUCUCAACUUCAAGCUACGAAGGAUUUAUUGACGGAGGGACAAAGGAUAGCAUAUGUCGGUGUCACCCGAUUGGAACUUUCCGAGAUGGUCAAGGAAAUCGAGAGUUUUGAGCACCUAAAGAAGAUAAAAAAGGAUAUCCAAAUGGCCGCUGAAGCGACUCGAAUGUGGUCUCAGAAAAUCAUGAUUCGACUAUAUGCCCAUAUGGAAAUUAGUCCUGCGGAACAGGUCAUGAUCGAGCAGUUGGCCGAACACGGGGUUAUGCCUAAAGAUCUUACGCCGGCUCUCAUGCAAAAUGCGAGGGUUAAAAAUCCGAUGGCGGAACAUACACCAUCAUCUACCCCAAGAAUGUCGUUAAAGAGCUCUCGGUCGUCUGUUUCGUUGUCGCCUGGACUAUCAUCUCCUGGCUAUGAAAAGCCAGCAGAAGCUCCCCCACCUUACGAAAGCCAUGAAGGCGAGGAGAUGCCAGAAGUCAAGACACCCUCACAACUACCGGGUACCGAUAAGAUUGAUAUCGAUUUAAGAUGGACCGUCCUUUGCGAUUUGUUCUUAGUCUUGAUCGCCGAUUCGAUAUAUGAUGCUCGCUCCCGAGUAUUACUCGAAAGAGUAGGAAAGGACUUGGAAGUACCUUGGAUGGACAUCUGCAGGUUUGAGAAGCGUGUUACCGAUGCUCUGGAAAUGCAACAGCAAGCAGAGAAGGAAAAUUGGAACGAGGAAGAACAUCUCGAAAACAGGAGAAAACUUGCUCUCAAGAAGCGAUACGUCAUGAUGGGUCUGGCUACUGUCGGGGGUGGUUUGGUUAUUGGUCUCUCCGCUGGACUUCUCGCGCCUCUAAUCGGCGCCGGUCUCGCUGCUGGUUUCACAACUAUCGGAGUUGGUGGCACAAGUUCCUUCUUGGCAGGUGCGGGAGGAGCUGCCAUUAUCACCUCCGGUGCUGCUGCAUCCGGUAGUUUCAUGGGUGGUAAAGCCGCAAAUCGACGAACAGGCGCUGUCAAGACGUUCGAAUACCGCCCUCUACAUAACAACAAACGUGUCAACCUAAUUGUAACCAUAUCCGGAUGGAUGACAAGUAAGGUGGACGAUGUUCGUUUACCUUUUAGUACGAUCGACCCUAUAAUGGGCGAUAUCUACUCGAUUCUGUGGGAGCCGGAAAUGCUGACUAGUAUGGGUGACACCAUCAACAUUCUAGCAACAGAGGCUCUCACACAGGGAUUACAACAAGUGCUUGGUAGCACCAUUCUAAUCGGUUUAAUGGCUGCCCUGCAAUUGCCCGUGGUUUUAUCCAAGUUGACAUACUUGAUUGACAACCCCUGGGCUGUGUCCCUCGAUCGUGCUUGGUCUGCUGGUCUUAUCUUAGCAGAUUCAUUGAUUGAUAGGAACCUUGGCACACGUCCUAUCACCUUAGUCGGCUACUCGCUUGGCUCCCGUGUUAUCUUCGCUUGCCUUCUCGAACUCGCACGAAAGGGGGCUUAUGGAUUGGUCCAAAACGUCUAUAUUUUUGGUUCACCUAUAGUAGUGAAAAAGGAGGAGUUCCUCAAGGCACGUACCGUCGUUGCCGGUAGGUUUGUUAAUGGUUACAACAGAACGGAUUGGAUUCUGGGGUACCUAUUCCGUCUGACCAAUGGUGGUAUUCGUCGGGUGGCGGGUUUGGGCCCUGUGGAUGGAGUACCCAGUUUAGAAAAUAUCGACUGCACGGAAUUCGUGGUCGGUCAUAUGGAGUACCGUACGGCGAUGCCUAGGCUCCUAAGGGAGUGCGGAUGGCUAGUUGAGAGCGAUGAAUUUGGAGAGAUUGAGGAUCCGGAUCCAGACCGGCACAGAGAACGGCAAAGGGAACUUAUCAACGAGAUUGAGGAGGCACGUAAGGAUUUGGAAAAGGACGGCCAACAGAAGAAGGGUGGCUGGGGUAUCUUUGGUCGCAGGAAGAAGAAUUCCCGACAAGAAUGGGAAGUUUACGAGGAUACCAACAAGGGGUUAGACGCAUCUGCGUCACCUAAUACAGAAGACAAGGAAGGAAACAACCACGGCGUUUUAUUCGACGUUGAUGCUAUCAGGGCAGAAUUAGCCAGAGAGGAAGAAUUACAGGUGAAGGAGUUAAAGUCGACUCUACCACCGAUGAAACUCGACAUCUCACCGCCACCAGCAUCGGUAACGAGCCCGAGGGACUCCCUUCGCGAAACAAAAAGCGAACAAAACGUACUAAAGAGCAGCUCCUUCGAAUACAGACUAUCACAAGACCGCACACCAACAACGUUACCGCCCUCGAGAGCCCUUGGUUUCGACUCCCCAUACUCACAUCCGCCGGAUGACGAGAUACAGAUGACCUUCGACACGGCGUACACAGAACAUAAUAAACCACCACCGGUGCCGGAGAAGGAUAUUCCGCUCUCCAGACCGGAAAUGAAGACCGCGCAGACUACACCAAAUCUCGCGCUUGCGGAUCCGUGGGCGGAUGAUGACGAGGAGUUUGGCAAGGAGAAGGAGAUUGAGAUGACAUUCGCGUAAGCCAUAUACAUAAUCAUCACGCGUCCAAGGAAUAACAGAUAAGCAACUGUCUAAUGUUGGAAUGGUCUAUCUUGUUGUUCAUGUUGUAGUCAGGCUUUAGUUUUAGUGGCGUGCAUUUUAUGUAUGUACCUAGGAAUUGGGGAAACGCAUGGUUUGGCGUCGUUUUACGUAGUUACUUCUGAAAUGUUUGAGAUUUUUUUGAAGGUCGUUCGUUUAUCUAUG